AUGAAGCUUGGCAUGUUCUUCCCUGCCACAGAUCCUUGUGCGCUCGCUAAACUCCCCAAUACUACAGUUGCCCUCACCACUUCCCUCCUCAAUACUGCACAUCAGAUGUCCCUCCUCCAUGAAGACAUCAAACCAUUUUUCCUGGUGGUUAUAUUUGUACCAAGGAACAUUCGAGAAGCUGCUUAA